AUGUCGGGAGACGGAAAGGACCGGAGCUCGUCGUCGUACCUCGUCAUCCCCAUCAUCCUGCGCUUUUUGGAAAUAUGCUUCUGCAUCGCGUCCUUCGUGUACGUCGCUCGCCUUUCGCACACGUUGGAUGUCAUUCCCUCCAUUCUCCCGCCCCAUUCCUAUUCGCGCUCUAUUCGCCAAUGGUCGGCCCGCGUGAUGACCUUCAUGAAGAUGAACUACAAGGGCUUUAACUCCACGGCAUACCUCUUCGCCAUGGCCAUCACGGGCCUCAUCCUCUCCGUCAUCGGCGCGGCCGUCACGUUCCUCGGCCGCAACCCGGCCAUGGCCGUCAACGCCAUCCGCAUCCAGCUCUACAUCAGCUUCAUGAUGCUGAUGCUGCUCUUCGGCGCGGCUGCUACUGCCAGCAGCUUCCGAGUCAACGCCUGCUACAACGGCCUGGCCCUGCUCAACCUGCUCGGCGAUGACUGCACGCUGCUGGCAUGGUCCGUGGCCAUGGGGUACAUGGCCUCCUUCACCUAUAUCGCCUCCUUCUGGCAUUUCUUCUUUCUUCUUGCCAAUGACCACUAG